GUCGCCGCCGCUGCCGUCGUCGUCUGCGCGAAAUACGAUUUUACGGUCGUUACUCGUUACGGCGAGCGCUGUAGUUGUGAGCGCCCGUUCGUCGCGGAAACGUUCGCGAAGCGUCGACGCUGUACUGCACGCUGUACAAAUUAAUAUUAUUUAAUAAUAUCGUUAAUAUUAUUUAAUAAUAUUCGCUCGUUGCUAAUCGGGAUUUCGGCGAUCUAUGGUGAUCUACAAUCUAAAAUAUUUAAAUAUUACAUUCUUGACAUGACGUGGUGGCACGAGAAAGACUAUUAUUAUACAACUGCAGCGCUACCGCCGUGGCCGUUGUUUUUCCGGGUACGAUGAUGGCAACGAAUACAACGUGACUACGCAAUUGUUUUACAAACUGGAUCAUAAUGAGCAGCUGCGUUCCUUGUGGAGAUCCCUGUAGUUCCGUGUCCAAAGACGACUUGGACAGGUGGACAAACAGUCUGAAACACGUUUUGGCCAAUCAGACGGCCACAAAAAUGUUCGAAGUCUAUUUGCAAGCAUGCAAAUUGGACUCUGCGGAAAUUUUGGAGCUGUGGAAGAUGUGCGACGGGCUGUUGCGCUACGUGCAUCACAAAAAAAUCGAAAACGAAACGUCAAGAAUCAAAAAUGACUACAUCGCCAUAGUAGAGUGUGCCGGCGAAGUGGAGGGGCUGACGGAACACCAGUUGCGCCGGUUGGAAGAGACUAAGACCAGUGGGCCGAAGAAGAUUUUAGCCCGCGUUGAGAAACUACGUCAGACAGCAUACGAACUAAUGCAGCACGACUACGGAUUGUUUAGGAAAAAGUUGUUAAAAGAUCACAAAAUAGCGAAAAAAUAACGUUUUUGUUUAAAAUAGGUACCGCUACCUAUCGAUGUUUGUAUCGAAAUAUUAUUACGUAUGUUUAAGUAUAUUUUCUAUGUUUUAUAAUUUAUUUGAAGUACAAAAUACAUGUUAAUAUAAUAUUAAUUAGAUAUUUUGUUAUGAAA